CAAACCCGACUUGAUUAAAGUUGCGGGAAAAAUGGCCGAUCAAGAAAUGGAAAUCGACGACAUGCCUAGUUCUUCAAAGAUGUCCACAAAGUCUGGUCAUCUACAUGAGCAGCCAUGGGUUGAAAAAUAUCGACCGAUCAAGCUUCAUGAUAUAGUAGGCAACGAAGAGACCAUCACCCGUUUGGAAGUUUUUGCCAGAGACGGAAAUGUCCCAAAUCUAAUCAUUGCUGGUCCCCCUGGAACUGGAAAAACCACAAGUAUAUUAUGUCUUGCCAGAGCAAUGUUGGGGCCUUCAUACAGAGACGCUGUCCUAGAAAUGAAUGCAUCAAAUGACAGAGGUAUUGAUGUUGUGAGGAAUAAAAUAAAAAUGUUUGCACAGCAAAAAGUUACAUUACCCAAAGGAAGACACAAGAUUAUUAUUCUGGAUGAAGCAGACAGUAUGACAGAUGGUGCGCAGCAAGCUCUGAGAAGAACGAUGGAGAUAUACUCUAAGACCACUAGAUUUGCACUGGCCUGCAAUGCUUCUGAAAAAAUCAUUGAGCCCAUACAGUCUCGGUGUGCUGUUUUGCGAUACUCAAAGCUGAGUGAUGCUCAAGUAUUGAAAAGGCUGCUGGAAGUAUGCGAGAAAGAAUCUGUUAGUUAUACAGAUGAUGGCUUAGAGGCCAUUGUGUUUACAGCACAAGGAGACAUGCGACAGGCUCUGAACAACUUGCAGUCAACAUUUCAAGGUUUUGGGCAUGUCAACAGUGAAAAUGUCUUCAAGGUUUGUGAUGAACCUCAUCCCAUGCUGAUACAGGAAAUGCUACAACACUGUGUUAAUGGCAAUGUGGAGGAGGCUUAUAAAACUAUGACCCAUCUCUGGAAGCUGGGAUACUCGGCAGAGGAUAUAAUCACCAUUAUCUUCAGAGUCUGCAAAAACCAGAAUAUCCCAGAAUUCCUGAAACUUGAAUUUAUUAAAGAAAUCGGUUAUACGCAUAUGAGGAUAGCAGAAGGUGUUCAGUCCCUGUUGCAGAUGUCAGCAUUAUUAGCAAGACUGUGUAAAAAAUCUGCUGUGCCUGGUGGAAUGAAAGGAUAGCUUGUGAAUGUGUGUGUAAAACUUCCAUUAUAACAUCAAAGACAUUUCAAUCACUAAGGGAAACUCCAAAUCCACAUUUCGUCUAGCAAACAGCAAAAAUAUAUCCUUGGACAGUAUACUGAGUGUGAAUGUGUUUGACAAACUGCCAUUGUAACAUUCAAAGACAUUUCUAUCACAAUGGGGGACUUUGGUUAAACUACACAUUUCAUCUAACAAACAGUUAGUCAUUAGAAAUUCUUGCACAGAAUAUUUCUUGUGGCAAUGUUCCUUUACUAUGAAAACCUUACAAACAUGGAUUUCUGUCCGAGUUCUUGAAUUGUUACCUUGAGUUAAACCUCACUUACUACUGGUAAUAUGAUGUAAUUUCAAUGUAUGUACUAGAUAAAUUUAUACAAAUGAACACAUGCGUAAGCAUUUGUCUCAAAAUUGAUUUCUCUGUGAACGUUUUCUUUCCUUGUGCAAGUAUUAAAUAUUCACAUGCUGUAA